AUGGUGCCGUUCUAUAAUGCCUUUAUUGAUGGCAUCAACUAUGGUCGCUUUAUCGAUAACACAUACCAAACCACUGACUGCGAGAAUAUGGUUGCUGGUGAUGCUACUUGUGGCGGUAAGGCUUACGAUGCUUGGCUUAUGAGCUCUGAUGAGCUGUACAAUACUUGUAUGAGUGAUCAAGAGCCGUCGUCGAGUGCUGUUGCACUUGACUCUGCGUGGUGUGAUGCCAGCUCUGACGACUGUUCCAAGGACAUGUGCCAGAAGGGUAUGCAGUAUGAUUACUAUGCGUACAAUUUGACUAAUCCUGAGGAGGUUUUGAAGGGUGCCAAGCCUAUUGUGCAAGAGCUUACUCCUGUACACACGGCCAUGAGCAUCACUAAGAACGAGUCCUCGGUUGAUACUGACCUUUGGGAUAAGGAAGGUAUAGCCCAUUGGGAGGAGAAGGACGAGUAUGUCUUCUUCAAGGACGAUGAGACCGACCUUAUGAACCGGAAGGUUACCGUUGGCAACUUCGCCCUUUUAAGUAACCUUGAGGUUGCUGACAUGUUUUUGAACCCGAUCGAGAUGAUCGAAACUGUUGGUGGUAUCAUGGCUUACCAUGUUAUGUCCAACAACUUCGUUGAUGGGUAUGGUAACUUGAGUGCUACUACCAGAGAGGCUAUUGAGAAGGAAUAUAAGACUCCGGUCAGUGCUAUCAAGGACCAGUACUUCGAAGGUGGUCUCGCUAAGGCUCUUGGUGCUGCAAACGGGGACUCUGGUGAGUUGUCGUUGCAGCCCUUUGCAGACCUGUUCGGAACGAGGUCUGAUAUGGUGUUGCCUACUGUCAUGGGAAGUGAUUAUUUCGGUUUCGCCUUUGGCUGCCCUGCUAAGCAAGAUCGGUCUACCGGUAGUUGCCAUCUUGAUUCGAGUAAUGAGGAUGACGAGUCUCUUGCAGAGAGCAUUGACUCUACUUUUUCUACUGGUGCCAAGAAAGCUCUGUGGAACCUCAUUUACGGUACCGAAAUUUCGGACACUAAAUCGGUGUUGACUGCUCUGUUGCAGUUGAAGAUGAUGGUCAAGCCGAAUGAGUUGAAAGCCUUUCUGACGCAAAUGAGAUAUGCUGGUUCGUAUGCUCUCUACAAUCUGCCUUGGCUGAGGCACUCCCUCUUGCCCGUCACUGAUCCUUCUUCCGAUAAGUACGAUUCGGACUACGACUACUAUCCCAGAUUUGUCAAGUUGACGGUGGGCGAGCUGUUGGGAUUCCAAGAUCAGUCUAAGGUUGACAAAGUCACUGGUAUGCCUCUGACCAUGGCACUCUCGGCUACUACCAACCCUGUUACCGAACAGUAUCGUGCUAGUUUUGUGGAGGACUGGAAAGGAUUGUACUACUUCAAGAUGUCUAACGGCUUGGAGUACAACUGUGCAUUCGACCCGGAUUGUAUGGCUCAGGAUGAGUUCAAGGCAAACGGUACAUGCACUCCUGAUGAUAAGUGUCACCCGAACUAUGCUGCGGGUUUCGAUGUUAAGUAUGUGCCCGGUACUCUAAAUGGUCAUGGUACAAACGACUACCAUAAGGUUGGUGCUAUUGACAAGAUGUUCGUCAGUCCGGUGUUCUCAACGGCUCAGAUGAAGCUCAGCAAGAAGGAUCAAGACUAUAAUGGAGCUAACAUUGAUAUCUGGGAUCUGGCUGACCUGGCCUUCAGGAACGAGAACUGUGAUGGGUCCGGCGAUGACAGUCGCGGUAUUGACUGUGAUUCACCUUAUUUGACUCUGAACUUGGGGACUUUCAGUUCACCAAAGCCGAAUCUAGUGAGGACGCCUAUCUACGCCUCGCUGCCUCAUUUCUAUCAAGUGGAUGGCUCGUCUUCGGUUAAAAACUGGUAUCCUGGUGAUCGUGUUGACACUAAGAGUUGCUCGGGAUCUGAGGAGUGUGACGAUCCCGAGAGGGACUUCAAUUGUCAAAUGUGGACUGAACCUAUCACUGGUGCUCUCUUGAAGGGAGCAUUGAAGCUACAGAUGAACGUUAUGAUGCCCCCUGCUGCGAAUACCGAGUCUGGGAAACUGACCGACGAGGUUCUUAUUCCGGCAGUGUGGGUUGAUGAGCAUCAGCUGGCCUACCCAUAUCAGAUUGACUCUAUCAAGCAACUGCAAGCUGCGCCCGGUCUAUUCGAACUGGUUAUGUGGUUGGGCAUCGCUUUUGGUAUCGUUUUCGUGUUAUGUGCUGUUGCAUUCUUCUAUUUCGGUUGGAGACGCCGCAGUGCACUCAGAGCUGUUGUCCUGCAGAAGAAGGUUUCUGGAGUGACCGAGGCACUUUGA